AUGAAUAAAAUCCAACCUCGAGCUGUAUUACUCUAUUCUAUGAUUGGUACCAAAAAUAUUCAUUUGGAACAACUUGCUCUUGAUCAAUGUCAUUCGAUCGAUCUAACCUCUGAUUAUUUUGGUUCACCAUAUGAAAUGAUUAUUCGAGAAUUCAUAUUAUCUACUUUACCAUGUAUUUUUAAUUAUAUUGAAUCACUUACAGUCAAUCUUGUACAUAUAUCAAGUCUUUAUCAGCUUGUUAAAAGAAUUGAUGAUAAAAGUUGUCUCAAUAAUUUAAAGCAUUUAAAAAUAAUGGCCGGCCGUUUGCAUCGUAAUGCAGGAACACCUAUCACAUUAAACUUUUAUAGUGAUAACGAGAAACUUAUUGAUAUACUUUCAUUCUACUGUCAUUCACCAAUAAUGUCAUUAAUUACCUCGUUUGAAUUUGACCCUGAUUGUGUUAUAUCCAUUCCAUCAAGUGAUGAAAAAUUGUUCUUUCCUCAAACAUCUCAUCUUACUCAUAUUAGUAUUACAUUUCAUCAAUUCGGCGAUUGUGUUCGUUUAUUGAAUCAAAUAGGAACACAAUUACAUUCAUUCGUUGUGAGCAUGAUGCACGUCUAUCUAUCUGAAGAAUUAGAUUUAUCACAAAUAUCAUUGAUAUCUUGUCCUAAUUUGAAAGAAUUAAAAAUGACAAUAUAUAGAAAUAUUUUCGAGUAUGAACAAUGUAUUAUUCCUUUUUUACAACGUUUAUCAAGUGUCGAACAUUUAACAUUAUUAUUAGCUAUCGGUGAAAAUGAAAAUGGACCAAAUCACUUUGUUGAUGGAUUGGACUUACAACGAGAUAUUAUUUCAUAUAUGCCUCAUUUAUGCCAGUUUGAUUUUCAUAUUCGUUCAAUUUUAAAAGAUGCUGCUCAUAUAAAACUCGAUAAAAUUCGUCAAAGUUUUUUUCAAUAUCAACAAUCUAUUGAUUGUACAAUUGAUUAUUUUAAUAAUCGAUAUGGUCAAUGUCAAAUCUAUUCUCUUCCAUUUAUUGGUACUCGUCUCGACUUUAUUUCGAAUCGAUUUCCAUUAUUCGAUGUUGAAAAAAGAUUUUCAAAUGUUACUAUAUUAUUACUUUUUGAUGAUGUCAAACCUUUUGAACAUGGUUUUUUUCAACGUGUUGCACAAGCUUUACCUCAUCUUAAAGUACUUGAAAUAUUCAAUCUUCUUGAACAAGAAGAAAAAAGUACGACGACAAAUAAUUCUAUUGAAUUUCGUCAUUUAGCAACGCUUAUUUUGCAUGAUAUUCAUGCGGAUUAUGCUGAACAACUUCUAUAUCGAAGUUAUCUUCCAUGUCUAAUCGAACUUGCCAUUCGUAAUAAUGUAUUGUUAACAAUAAUUAAUCAAAAUCAACAACAAGUUAAAGACAAUUGUUCAAAAGUUGAAACUCUUAUUAUUGUUGAACCAUGGGCCUAUCCCAAUAGUACUCAUAUAAACUUUUUUCCAAAGUUAGGCAUAUUUCAUACAAUGUAA